AUGUCUUUCUCCAGUUCUCUGUUGCCCACUGCGGCAAGAAGCAUUCUAUCGCCAUGUGGACCUUCUCUUCGUCAAAGGACAAUGGCUCCUUUCCUGUCGAGCUUCCACCAGCAGGUCAGGUGCGCAAGCCAGAACAGUGCCAAAUACAACAAGAACAAGCCAAAGAAGAAGGAGAAAAAGGGUGCUAGGGAAUUCAAGCAGGCAGAUUUGAAGAACAUGGAGCAGCACGCUCUUUGUGAUGCUAUGAGAUAUAUCCGUGCAUUCGAAGUCGGUCGGGAGCCAACUAUCUCAAAAUACGAAAUCCACAUUCGUCUAAAGACCAAGAAGGACGGUCCUGUCAUUCGCAACAUGCUUCGAUUCCCUCACGCCGUUCAGACUGAGUCGCGCAUUUGUGUCAUUUGUCCCCCAGGAUCGAGACACGAGAAAGAGGCUCGCGCAGCCGGUGCGGUUUUGGUCGGAGAGCAGGAAGUCUUUGAUGCUGUUAAAAAUGGUGUCAUUGAAUUCGACCGCUGUAUCUGCCAUCCUGAUAGUCUGGAUGCCUUAAACAAAGCUGGACUGGGCAGGGUUCUUGGACCAAGGGGUUUGAUGCCAAGCGUCAAGACAGGUACUGUGGUCGAAGAAGUGGCCUCCCGAGUCGAAACGCUGCGUGGUGGUACGGUGUACAGAGAGAGAGAUGCAGUGAUCAGAAUUCCCAUUGGACAGCUCGGGUUCUCUCCCGAACAGUUGCGAGACAACUUGCGCACAACCAUCGAGCAGAUCAAAAAAGAUGCCGCUGGUCUCAACGACCGCAUCGUCAAGGAAAUCUACGAAGUUGUGCUGAGCUCAACCAACGGCCCCGGUCUCAGUUUGAACGGAGAAUUCAAGUCGGAUAACUCCCCGGAGACUUCAUCUUUGAGUGGUCUGUAA